UGAUGUAAUUUCCAGCCGGCCAGUUUCUCUCUCUCUCUCUCUCUCUCUCUUUCUCUCUCGCUCUCUCUCUUUUUCUCUGCCACUCUUCUCCAGCUGUUGUUAUCGAGGAAGUGGUCUAGGGGGGAAUUUGUUGCUCUCACACAACGAGACUCGUCAUUCAUUUGCAUCAAGACGCUCCUCUAUCAUUUCUUUAGAGGGGGGCGACAUAUUACACACCGAGUCAUUCAUUUCUUAGCAACCCCUACGCACGCCGAUCCCAUCAUGCUCUCCUUCUCGGGCCCGCGCCGUCACUCCCACGACGACGACGACAACGACGCGGGCGCCAUCGACCCCGAAUCGACCGAGUCGAACCAGCUCAUCCCCGCCCGCAAACGCCGCCACCGCGUCCGCGUCCAGGGACGGCUCGCCGUCGUCCGCAGCGUGUCCACCGCGAACUUGCGGCCCGCGGUGUCGUCAGUGGCCCCGGCGCUGCCAUCCCCGGUCGCGGCAGCGGUGGGCGGGACGGCGACCCCGGCAGCGGCGCCGCCCAAGUUCGAGUCAGGCGUCGCCGGCAGCGCCGCAGCGCCCGCACGGGGUAGGGGGAUGACCAUGAGGGGCAAGGGGAGGCGGACGCGGAGGGGGAGGAGCGUCGACGAUGCGAGCAGCGACGCCGGCGAAGAGGAGGACGAUGACGCGAGGGAGACGGCCGUCAGGGAUCGUCAGUUCAGGGGGUACGGCAUCGGAGGCGCCGGGAAUAUCAGGCGGCCGACCGAAGUCUACGGCGCGACAUCGAAACCCAGCUCCUUGUCUUCGAGGUUUUCCAUCUUCAACCCAUCCGGCUCCGGCUCCGGCUCCGGCUCUGGGUCGGCGGCCGAGACGGACAGAGGACAAUGGAGCUUCAGGGAACUCUUCGCCCGGACCGGCGAGCGCAAAGGAAAAGGGGUUGCUUGAGCCGUUUCAACCUUUGUCCUCAUACCAAACAACAUGGCAUUUUCGGAAGGGUUCAUCACGGGAAAAAAAGAAAUAUUCAUCAACUGGCGUUUUUGGGGGGUUGGAAUACAAAUAUCCGCACGACUCGGAGAAUGGGAUUUGAACGGCACAAAUGUCCCAAGGCUUGGUCCACGAUGCACAUAGACACAAGGGCCUCGAAAUAUUUCCCAAACAGCAUUGUUUCCGUCUUCGUCCACAUCUUUUUUAUCCCUCGGGGCUCAUAAAGAAGCUUAGACAGAACCUCAAGACUUUAAGUGAGUGAGACUGUGCGGCUAUGCAGCCGUUCAUCUAAUAUCAAACGGCAUCUUUUCGUGGGCCAGCGCCAUCCCGAUGCCUAAAGUAGCAGCACAUGUGAGCAUACACAAAUGAC